AUGAUGACAGAAAAAGGUCCAAUCUUUGAAGAUGAUGGCCGUGUGGGCGCAUUAUACCACAAGAAUACCCAGGAUGAGCUCGACGCUCGCAUCAAUGCUUUCACACCAGCUGAGCAAAAGAAAAUCAUCCGUCGAGUCGAUCGGCGCCUUGUACCUAUUGUUGGAUUUCUGUACUGCAUCUCACUGCUAGACCGGAACAACCUGGGUGUCACCAACAUUGCGGGUAUGGGUACCGACCUCGCCUUGAGUGGCACCCGAUACUCACUGAUCGCUCUGCUUUUUUACGUCGGAUACACCAUAUUUCAACCCAUCGGUGUAGUGCUCAUCCGAAUUGUCGGCCCACGGAUUUUCUUAUCUUCCAUCUGCUUGCUGUGGGGUAUAGUCAUGAUAUGCUUUGGCUUCGUCAAAACUUGGUCAGACCUGAUUCCUCUCCGCAUCAUCCUCGGAGCCUUUGAGGCCGGGCUUUUCCCAGGCUGCGUUUAUUUUCUCAGCUGCUGGUAUCUACGGUACGAGACCCAGGAGCGCUUCGCCGGCUUCUAUGUCAUAGGGUCAUUUGUGUCUGGAUUCAGUGGUAUUAUAGGCUACGGCUUUUCACAGUUGGAAACCCACGGAUCCGGACCUGCCUGGUGGGGUCAACAUUAUGGACCUACCGAGGCAAACCCGAAUAUCAAGCCUGGUGUCCUGCCAGGCAUUGCUGGUUGGCGAUGGAUUUUCAUUCUCUACGGUACCAUCACCUGUUUGGUCGCUGGCGUCACCUCCAUUUUCCUUGUCGACUUUCCCGAGAAAACAAAAGCUUGCUUCCCAAAGUUCUUGAGUGAGCACGAAGUCGAUUUCCUGGUCGCUAGAAUUGAGAAGGAGAGAGGGGAUGUGGUCCCAGAACCGUUUCAUCUGGGCACGUACCUGAGAGCUGGCCUCGAUCUCAAAGUCUGGGCAUAUGCUAGCCUUUUCGGUUUAGCCACUAUCACUGUAAUCGCGAGUGUAACGUUUCUCCCUAUCAUCCUGAACCAGGGCAUGGGCUUCGGGAUCGUGGCGUCUCAAUGUCUCACUGCUCCCCCUUACGUUUUCGCAUGCAUGGUUAUACUAUUGCAAGGCCGGCUCGGUGAUAGAUAUCAACUGCGCUCCCCACUCCUUGCGCUCAACUGUUGCGGUCUCUUCGUUGGUCUCGCACUUCUCGGCUAUGCCCAUGCUCCCGGCGUCCGUUACUUUGGCGCUUUUCUUGCCACAGCCAUGAGCCAGGCUAACAUCCCCUGCAUUCUCGCAUGGCAAGCGAAUAAUGUCCGUGGCCAAUGGAAGCGGGCGUUCACGUCAGCAGCAGUCGUUGGUGCUGGUGGGUUAGGUGGCAUUAUUGGCAGCCUUGUAUUUCGCCUUCGGGAUGCACCACUCUAUCGACCUGGUAUCUGGGCGUGCAUGACCGCCAAUGGGUUGAUACUCCUGAUUAUCCCCAUGUUGCUCGUGAAGUUCUACAGGGCUAACAGGAGGUCUUCACGAGGAGGCAAGCUGAUUCAGCAAAUGGAAGGCUUUAUGUACACUUACUAA